GCUUGCUCAAAUGUUUCACAACUUAAGUCUACAUAUCAAGUUAACAGCAACAGCUUUAACAGCCUCUGUUAACAGGGCAGCUGGCGUACAGCUCAUUGAGCCAUUCAUUUGGCUGUGCUUUCUUUUUUAAUAAAAUUUCUUUGGACGCAUCGGUGCUUCAUUCUUCAUUCAGUGCGAGACCGUUAACAGUAACAGACGCGUCGUCCAACCAUAGAGUCAUUAUAUACGUGUAAGAGAAAUGUAAAGCUUGAAACCAAUACAAUAUUAAAAUUUGUUCGACGUAUAAGUGUGUGUCGAGCUCGAGUUCAACUAAAAACAGAAAAGAAAAUUGUCAGGCGGCAGAGACGAAAGAUAGAAAGACGUGGUUGGAAAAUAAAUUGAAUUUUGUAUGCCGUCGACAUCGGAAAUCGCAAACGCUAUCAAAACCAUCUGCAAUAUGAGAGCCAGAUGUUGGAUCGUUGGGCUACUCAUGCUUAUAUGCGAAAUAAGUCAGGCAAUCGCAUCGGAGCAAACAUCUUCUGCUCUGUUGCCAUUGGAGGCACGCAGUGUUGAUCUUUCUGCCGAGGAGGACGUAAUCUCCAGCAGUUAUGUUCUACCGAAUCAGAUCUUUAAUGAUGGAAAACCUUAUUACCCGAGGCAAGAUCCGAUUUCGGGUCAGUUGGAUUUCUCUGCUAAGAAACCUGCUGGUAUCGAGCCAGAGGUAAACGAAGUUCUUAACUCUAAAGAGAAAAUUGUGCUUAACGGUAUCUCUACUCCGAACAUUCACGACUUUCUCAAUCUGCCAGUCAAGUACUCCUCAUCAAAGUUCGUAUACCCGUUAGUCUCCAGUUCGUAUGCCAAUUUAAAGUACCAAGGCAGCAAUAAGAACUACAUAACUAACAAGAAACCGACCACGGUGGUAGCGCCUGUAACACCGAUGGCGCCCAAAUACCACAGCGAGAAUUAUUUCACGGUGUCAACAACAAAGCUGAUGCCCGUCACACCCACAGAAUCGAGCUCAACAUCUACAGUAGCAUCCACGUCUAGUCGCCCAACAAAACCAAUUGUGACCUCCACGUUGUCUACAACAGUACGCACUCCAACGACGACAGCAAAACGAACAACCACCACACGUCGACCUGAUCCCAUAUCCGUACCGACAACGAGUCAGCCAGUACGAUUGAGUACCACACGGAAGAAGUUCGUGCCGACAAAAAAGCAGAAUACGCACAGUACAACCUCAACGAGCAGCCCAAAUUCGACUGAUAACAUAGCGGAGCAACAGCUGCCUAAACAGCAGCCCAAGCCAACACAAGCUAGCAGCGCUGUGACAUUUACGACCCAUCAUCCAACGCCACAGGCCGACAUAUUUCCCACAGAGCCAACGACUAGCGCCAAAAUGUAUUCAACCCCUAGCAUGCGACCACUUCUGGUUAGUGGCAAUGAUUUUGGCUCCAGCUCAACCACGCCGCAAGCAUUGACACCAAUUAUUGACAGCACAAAAAUUCCAAAUCUGGACCCGGCGGAUGUCUACCAUACACUGGGCCAGAAAAAUAACAAGGCCCAGCAGCAGCAAUCGGCUGCUAAACCAACGAUGACUCUAAGUGAAAUUUUCAACAACCUAGCUGAGGAGGAGGUAGCAGUUGCCAAUAAUUACCAGCAGAAUCAAGGCUUCGAUUCCCAGGGAAAUCUUAUAGAGCCAAUCGCACCUUCCCAGCCGUCGCCAUUUGCUAUGCAGCCGCAUCAGUCAUAUCCACCUACGACCCAGAACCAGAACCCAUACUCGACAGACCAGAAAGUAAUAUCUGCUCGCCCCGAAGGCGACGACAACCAGUAUGUUUCGUACCAGGUACAGCAGCCAAAUGUUAUGCAGUACCGUCCCAUACCAGGUCAGAUCAACAACGUGGUCAUCUCUCCUGGGCAGCAGUCGGCAUCCUUUGUGCUUGGCAGUCAGCAGCAAGUGAGUCAUUCUAGUAAUGUGAAGAGCGAGGGACACUUUUCGGUGGAUACCGGCAGUGUGCAAUAUGGGCAGGUCAUCAAUGAGGAGAUAGCUAACAUUAAGCGUCCACUGCCUUCCAAUGAACACCAACAGCAAUUUCCAUCGCCACAACAGCCAACUCCUCCAAGCAUCUAUCAACAAAGGCCCAACUAUCAUUCCAAUACAAAAUAUCAACCGAACACUAACAUCGCGUCUGCUGCUGCUCCUGAGACUCCUCUGACAGGAAACGCAGCUGCCCCCGGUAGUUACCAAGAGCUACCGCCAGAGGCACCCACUCCAUAUCAACAAUUGCCGUUGAUUGGCUCUAAUUUGGGCCUGAAGAAACAACCUUCAAAAGUAGCUGACGAUACCUUUUCCACGGCUUUGGCUACCCCACCGAAAAAUCAACCAAUGCUCUCCACAAUGUCAACAUCAGCCCAAGUUCAACCGGUAGCUAAUAGCCAAGACACUAAGGAGCUGUUAGUCUCCACCAAUAUUCGGUUCCCGUCUAACCAAGAUGAUUCAGUUAAUAUGCCUCCUGCUGGCGUUGCUCCUGGUCCACCAAUCUCUCCACAUAUCAAUGGUCAUGCACAGCCACUGAGUCUACAGCAAAUACAAAAUGCCAAUCCGGUGGUGUUUCCGAAGAUCAGCGACGAGGAAGCUACUGGCUCAAAUGUUCAAAUUCAACAGCACGAAGUAGUCAACAUCAAACAGCAUCAACAACAAUUGACAUUCCCCACGCAACAGCAGAGCAAAAAUGAACAGCCCUCACAAGAGAUGGUACCACCACCCCGAUAUGCUCCAUUGCAUCACUCGCAGGUGCAACGGCCAAACGAUUCACCUUCAGCGCCCUUCUACAAAGAGUUCGAUCGCAAGUCUCAGUCUCAACCGCAGACGGGCCCACGUCCCAAUGUAAAUCUGCCCAACAUUUUACCACAGUUCCGCCCCAAUGCCAAAAUCUCCAUUGGUCAUCCGCCAAACAUGAAGCAGGAGCCCGGAAAUAUACGUCUACCCACGCAAGGAAUGAGAGCGCCCUACAACCCUUCCACUCCUCCACAGUUUUCGAAUAGACGACAGCCCAUGCAACAGCCACAAUUGCCGAAUCGUUAUCCCUUAAACCGCAUAUCAGAAUAUAGCGCCGUUAAUAGACGCGUCUAUCGAUUGCCACCCAAUGGUGGUCAAAGAAUGCCUCAAGUGCGGGAUCGCAUGUAUUCUCGUCGACCCAACGGUCCGUUACGUGCGAUCGACGGCUACUACCCAGUCGAGCGACACGCGCCGAUUACUCCGCAACCAUCCAAGCUGAAAGGUGGCGAUCUAGACGAUUAUGAAGAGGAAGAUCUAGUAAUUAAUGAUCCACCUCAGACACCUAACAAGGAUAUCCAGAACACGAACGAAUCCAAACUGGAGGCAGUCGUUACGCUGCAAAUGCUGCAGUCACAAAAGAAACCUCUGAACGGUGACGACACUGGAGCCGGUGAAAUACAAGUAACAGCCGAUCAUAAUCCGCAAGAAGCUUUGGCCAGCAAAGUAAUCGAGCAAACUUCCCAUCCAAAGUCUAAAUUAGCGAGCCGAAGUGAAAAUGAGGAAAUGGCCAGCGAAAACAGAGAUUCGAUGCUACAUCCAGAAGCGGCGGCAUUGACUGCCGUUGAAUACCAGAAUACACCUUUCUCGGUAAUUCGUGAACAGCCUCAAGAGCCCAUCUUGAAGAACAAAAAGCCUCAGUCCCUUCAGCAGCAGGCAAAAAUACAGCCCCUACACAAACAAAAGUUCCCAUAUCCGAUUGAAAAGCCUGAUCCGUCAUACACUGAGCUGCAACCAGCCCUACAAGUCCCGGGUGUGCUCGUCGCGCCACGAAUUAUAACGGCCGCUCUCAAUACCGGAACAGAAGCCCCAAUUGCGAUUGCAUAUACCCCAACAGAGCCGAACUCUUACCUACGUAGCGGUCCUACGAAACAGGAACAACAAAUUUUGAACGUCAAAUACGAAAUGAGGCCUGAAACACAGACCGAGGAAAUUCUAGGGAAUGAUUUUGAUUUACGUGGCCACAAUUUCGAGAAGGACUUUAUGGCACCUUUUUAUCCAAGCAUUAGUUUAGGAGGGGCGAGCACUGGCGUGACGAGUAAUCCUACGCUGAGCAACUGGAAGAUUGUUCCAUCUGCCUCAGAACAAAAACUGUACGAAAAAAAUAGCAUAAGUCGGGCCGAUGUUGAGGUUGCUGCAGAUAAGAAGCAAUUACAACCUGGCAAUGCGACGAAUUUUAGCACUGAAAAGCAUUCUGAACUGGACAGUUUCCAGCCGCAAUUACAGGGAGGCUUCAGGCCAAUUUUCCCAGCUGAUUACGUGCAUUCGGAACAGAAGGACCCAAAUUCUCACGACGAAAAGAUGGAAUCAAGUGAAAAUAAUAAUAAGCCCAUCGCACUAGCGCUGGUCAGAUCACAAACAACACCCCCGCAGACUAUAAGUAGUACUAGCGCUACGACUUCUGGUAGCAGCACCACAACGGACAUCACAACAACAACACCAACAACACUUAUUCCCGUCAAUACAAAAACCUCAACAGCUGAAAUUGAUAAGAAGGGAGAGACAACUACGAAAUCGCCUGUAAACCAAAGUGGGCCAACGAUCAAAAAAAAAUCAACCUUUGAAACGAGUCUAGCUGCUCUGCUUUUCGGUGAUGAUGAUGACGAGCUGGGAGAUGGAGCACGCAAGUCGUUUAAUAACGCAAAAGCAUCAGUUAGGCCUAUUAAUGUGGCUCGCAUGGGACCGCGAAGCCUUGUGCUUAGCUAAGUGUUAACGGAAUAUUUGACUUCGCUUAGCAGAAUUAUAAGUAGUUUGUAAUAUUUAUUAAAACAAAAAAAGGUAUAAAGCUUGUGAGCGAAUAUUGUUAAAUUGCGUAACUACAGCUUAAUUUUAGUUGUAAGCUCACACCAUGCUAGACGCUAGCCACCAAUGAACUUACACUUAAGACUUUUGCGAGUCUGAUUCGAAAAAUACCCGUUUUCGUAUUGGACUCCCGAAUCGUCGCUAUCUAAUUACAAGCAUGUAUUCAACUCUACGUACAAACCUCUUAAAUACAUACCUACAUACACAUACCG